UCCAACAUCACCUACUGUCUGACUUACACACAAACAAAAAACCGAGCGAACAUCCGAUCUCCAAGUGUAUCCUAAAGAACCAUGCUGGACCCCCGCUCUAUUAUCGCUGAGGCUGAGAAGUUGGCCAAGCCGCAGAAAGGCUUCUUUUCCUUUUUGGGUGGCUCGUCGUCCUAUCGCCUCGAAGAAGCCACGGAUUUGUACAUCCAAGCCGGGAACCAUUACAGACUAAACAAGGAUUUUGCUAUGGCCGGCCAGCAGUUUGUGAAGGCAUCGGAGUUGCAAAAUGAGCUAAAAAACCACAACGACGUGGCCAACCACCUUAUCGAGGCAUAUAAAUGCUUCAAGUCCGUGUCGCCCCCUGAUGCCAUUGACGCCUUGUCACAGGCCAUCCAUAUAUUCUUGACCCAGAACGGGCAGUUUAGAAGAGCCGCGAACUUCCAGAUGGAUUUGGCCGAAUUGUACGAAACAACAGGCGACGCGGCCAACGCCUCUCUGAGUUAUGAAAAGGCAGGCGAUUACUUUUCGACCGACCACGCCGAGGCCCUUUCGAACAAGGCGUAUCUCAAGUGUGCGGACUUAAACGCCCUCCUGAGCGACUACUCGAAGGCACGUGAUUUGUACGACUCGAUCAUCAAGAAUCUGGUGGGGAACAACUUGACUAAGUGGAACUUGAAGGAUUAUUUCUUGAAAAACAUCUUGUGCACCCUUUGCCUAGACGACAUAGUGGAGGCGCAGAAGCGGCUCAACAUUUUUGCAGAGGACGAGCCUUCGUGGCCCACCACGAGGGAAUAUAAGCUAAUUGAGGAUGUCUUGGACUCCAUUCAAAAUGGUGAUGUGCAAGCUUUCUCCGACCGCGUAUACGAGUUUGAUCAAUUCAGCAAAUUAGACAAGUUGAAGACCCAGUUGUUGUUGAAGAUCAAGAACUCCGUGGUGGAAAAGGAUGACGAGGACUUGACCUAGCCAGGUUGGCUCGCGAACAGCCCGAUGGCAGCUUGCCCGAGUUCUCUCUAUUUGACGGGUCGCAUUCAUAUCCCACUGUCGCAUCAAGUCCAAUGUACUAC